AUGCUGCGCACCCGCAUCAACAUUGCUGCUCGCCGCGUGCCGCUCACCUCGACGGCCCGCCUGAGUGGCCUUCGCCAAUACACUGCCCCCUCCACGCCAGUUGCCACUCCUGCAGUGGCUACUGCCUCGUCGUCAGCGUCGACUGGCGGUGUAUCGUACACCACCACUCCCAAGGCCGAUCCUGAGCCGCAUUCGUUCAACACUGCUCCCCGGCCGAUUGUUUCCCUUCCCUCCCCACUGCCACCUACUGUCACCCCCCCUCCAGGUUCGAGGCACGCUAGCCUUUACCAGACGACGUCCAACAUUGACAUGAUCUCGAUCUUGAGCCUGGGUUCUUCGCGUCCGGAGUAUGUCCCUCGCGCGUUCCAAAUCUUCCGCCAGCUCAUGUCCGAUGCCAAGGAGGGCAUUGUGCCCUACCCUCCUGCCGAGGCCUGGGCGUCCGUCAUCACGGGCUCGCUGAGUCUCCUCACCGACGCAACCCUCCCCGAGUCGACCGCUAGGACGUGGCGUCUUCGUGCUGGAGGAAUUGUGGUCGAGUGGGAGCAAUGGAAGGCCAAGGAGCAUGGCAUGCCCCUUCCGGAACCCGGAACCCAGCCUGGACUGCAGGGUCUCAAGGCGCUUGAGGACAAUGGCAUCUUGCUGUACCGUGCUUGGUUUGACGGUCUCUACAACUCUGGUUCGCCCAUGACUGACAUUCUUCCCUACAUUGAGACGAUUGGGCUGCCCGCGUUUGUGGACGGCGUCACGGAGCCCUCCCUCAGCCGUAUUUUGGACGUUGUGCAGGAAUCUGCCCUUCGCGGCAACAACAAGAUCGUUACGGAUCAGGUUGAGGAUUAUCGCCCCAUCCUCAAGCGCCGUGCCAUGGUCGAGCAGUCUGAACCGCUUCCCGAAGUCAAGCCCCUUCUCGAGCGGCGUGACAAUACCGUCGACAACCAGGCCGGCAAAGACGGCGGUUUGAACACGCGCUUCAUGAUCGAAAACCUGCGCAGAACCCUUGCUCACAUCGAGGCACCCACAACGUCAAGGAAUCGUCAGAUGCAGUUGGAGCAGGCCUCAUACGAGGCUGCCGAAGCCGAACUUCAGCACACUGCCCGGCAGCUCGAGCUGGCCGGCCUGACGGAGCUUGUGGGCAACAGCAAUCUGUCGCGUAAGGGCCUCCAAAAGCACAUGUAUGAAUGGCAUACCGCUCUUACCGCCUACCUCGAAUCUAAGAUUGGCGAGAUGCGCCAAAAGGACAACAGGAACCCCGAAGACCUUCAGUCCAAGUGGUCAUCGACUCAAACAAUCAAGGAUACCACCAUGCUCGUUUACCUUACGGUUCUGCCCCCCAAGAAACUGGCCCUCGUCACCAUUCUCGAGCUCAUGCGCAUGGUUGGCUCGGGCGGUAUCACAGAUGGUAUGAAGACGCUACGUGGUAUCAUGGCGGUCGGCAAGGCCGUUGAGGGCGAACACCGUGCCGAGACCAUCCGCCAGGUCGCUGGCAAAAAGUCUCUCGCUUGGCAGAGCUCCCUUGACAAGCACACCAAAAGGCCCGACCGCGUGCAGAUUACGAGGACGUGGCAUGCCCAGAAUCCGCACAAGGAUUCGUUGCCUCUCGACGGCAACACUUCCACCGCAGGAACCGCGACCACUGAGCUGGGUUCCGUAUGGACGCCCAACUGGACCCAGAUGAUGCAGAUCUCUGUCGGCUCCUUCCUUGUCGAGGGUCUCAUCGAAACCGCCAGGGUUGAACGUCGUGCCCGGGACCCCGUUACCGAUGAGAUCAUCUCCGAGACUCAGCCCGUCUUCUCGCACAGCUACGAAUAUGUGCGUGGCAAGAAGCUCGGCGUUAUCCGUGUCAACCCCGAGGUUGCCCGGUGCCUUGGCACAGACUCUCUUCGCCAGGUUAUCCACCCCAAGCAUCUCCCUAUGCUUGUGCAGCCUCGUCCUUGGAGUUCAUUCCAGGACGGUGCCUACCUCGCGAGCCAGGUCCAGAUGAUGCGCUUCAAGGAUUCAAAGGAACAGGCCAACUACAUCGAAGAGUCUUGCAAAAAGGGUCUCCUCAAGGACGUGUAUCGUGGCCUUGAUGUGCUGUCAUCGACUCCCUGGCGUAUCAACCGUGGUGUGUUUGACAUUGUCCUCAAGGCUUGGAACGAUGGCGACGCCAUUGGCGACAUUCCUGCGUCUGUCGAAAAGUCCGAAUACAUUUACCCCGAGAAGCCCGACCCCCGCGAGAACGACCCCAGCGUGCGUUCCGACUACAUUGACAGGUACAGGGCCGUUGCCCUGCAGCAAGCCAAGGACCACGGCGAGCGCUGCAAGUACAAUUACAACCUCGAGAUUGCGCGGUCGUACGUCAACGACGUCUUUUACAUUCCUCACAACCUGGACUUCCGUGGCCGCGCGUACCCGAUUCCCCCACACCUGUCACCUGUUGGUGAUGACCUCUGCCGUGGUCUCCUCACGUUUGGUGUUGCCAAGCCUCUCGGUACCUCCGGUCUCAAGUGGCUCCAGAUCCAUCUUGCCAACCUCUACGGCUUUGACAAGGCGUCGUUUGAGGAGCGUGUCGACUUUGCCAAAAAGCACGAGGCUGACGUGUUCGACUCUGCCGACGACCCGCUUGGUGGCAGCCGCUGGUGGCUCAAGGCUGAAGACCCCUGGCAGUGUCUGGCAUGCUGCUUCGAGCUGGCCGCAGCUCUCCGCUCCGAGGACCCGACUCAGUUCAUGUCGUCGCUCCCUGUCCACCAGGACGGUACGUGCAACGGCAUGCAACACUAUGCCGCGCUUGGUGGUGACGUCCGUGGUGCCCAGGCGGUCAACCUCGAGAAGGGUGACCGUCCUGCCGACAUUUACAACGGUGUUGCCGAACUCGUCAAUGCGUCGAUCGCAGAGGACCGGGCGAACAACGUUCCCAUCGCCCAGUGGAUCGACGGUCCCCUCAGCCGCAAGAUUGUGAAGCAAACCGUCAUGACCACCGUGUACGGUGUCACUUUCAUCGGUGCUCGCGACCAGAUUAGUCGUCAGCUUGCUGCCCGUGGUGGCAUCCCUUCAGAUGAGCUGUACCACGUAUCCGGCUACGUCGCCAAGAAGGUGCUCGCCUCCAUCGGUGACCUGUUCGCUGGUGCCAAGGCGAUCCAGGACUGGCUCACCCUCUGUGCUCGUCUCAUCUCCAAGUCCAUCAGCGCCGAACGUGUGUACGCUGCGGCCCAGGAGUCCCAGGCCGUGCCGCCACCCCCUAAGAAGGGUUCCAGGCCGCCAAGGAAAGUUCCCACUUUCCGCGAGCGUAUCCCUCAAGAGCUCAUGACCGCCGUCGUCUGGACCAGCCCCCUCGGCCUCCCGGUCGCCCAGCCUUACCGCAAGGAGGCCAAGAAACAGGUCAUGACCUCGCUCCAGACCGUCUUCAUCCACGACCCUCAGGCCCCUUCCACCGUCAAUGGCUUGAAGCAGGCUUCGGCAUUCCCUCCCAACUUUAUUCACUCACUGGACGCUACCCACAUGCUUCUCACCGCCGUCAUGUGUAACACGAAGGACAUUACUUUUGCCUCGGUCCACGACUCGUAUUGGACUCACGCGUCGACGGUUGAGAGAAUGUCCGAUACCAUUCGCGACACGUUUAUCCACCUCCACGGCUCCAGCCUUAUCAGCAGUCUGCGGGACGAAUUUUUGAACCGUUACGGCGACUACUUGAUCCCGGUUGGCAACACAAGCAGCCGGUUUGUCGAGACAACCAUUGACAAGAAGCGUGCGCGUGAAUUGGAAUUGAAGCAGGAGAGGGCGGCCGCGACCAAGGAGAAGGCGGCCUUUGCCGACGAGAAAAUUCUCAACGCCGAAGAGGAGGUGGACGAGGAUGAGGACGUCCAAGAUGAUGUCCUUGACGUGUCCGACAUCGGUGGCACCGAUGUCAAGAGGACCAUCAUCGAGGGCGUGGAGUUUGUUCGCUUCCGCGAUGUCCUGCCUCCUCCUCCUCCCCGCGGCGAGUUUGAUGUCAACCGCAUCAAGGACAGCCAGUACUUCUUCUCCUAG